AUGUCCUCCAAAAGUCUUGGGAACACCAACGUCCAGCAGGCCAAUUUGGAAACAGGUUGUGCACCCAGGCAUGACAGCGACGACGACUAUGAGGAGGAGGAACAUUUGGUGUCGGUGGAGUUAACAGGAAUUAUAGAUUCAGACAUUUUGGAAAAAUGCAACAACAAAUGUAAAAUUUUGGGUAUCAACACAGAGAGAAGCCCUUUUUACAAGUUGACAAAUAUGUGUUUGCAGGAGAAUAUGAAGAUGCUUUGGGCACUUGUGUUAUCUUUGAAGAAAUUGUAGACCAGGGAGAUGUAGAUAGUGCAAAACCAAAGCUGAAGUACAAAUGCCACACUGUAAAGAAACUAAAUAUGACCAGGACGUUUCUAACAGAAAAAAAAGAAGGUGAUGAUGGAGGAGGAAAAAUAGAAUGGUUCCAGAUCAAAGAAGACAGCAAUGCUAGCUGGCCUCAGAUGAUAUGCAGCUUUGCUCAGGAAAAUGAGGAAGCAGAUGACUCUGCAAGUGAAGACGACGACAACCAUGAGCAGUUAAAUGAAGCAACGGAGGAUGUUGAACAGGCAGAGCAGAGUCUUGAUCCAGGUGAAAAACAGCACUCUAAGGAGAAGGGCAAAUCUACUUUGGAGGGGAAGGAACAGUCAGAUUCCGUGAGAAAGGUACACAAGGAGGACCAGGAGCAUAUGGACACUGACAAAGUAGACAGUGGUACAGACAAACUGUCAUGUAAGACAGAGCAAGUUAAGGCGCUCAUCUGA